AUGCCUUUCUUUAGUCGCUUAUCCCUUUCUAUCUUGACUCUCAUAUUUACCACAAAAGCCUCAUCAUGGCAGAUGCCAGCUGAAUACCCUAUCCAAGCAUCUCCCAAUGGACGCCACUUUGUCACCUCAACAGGAGAGCCAUUCUUCUGGCAGGCUGAUACAGCCUGGGUGAUGUUCCAUCGUCUGAAGCUGACUGAAGUGCAAAAAUAUCGUGACGAUCGAGCAGCGAAGGGGUUCAACAUGUUAUUAGCCGUUGCAGUUAAUCAAUUUGGGAAAGUGUGUCCCAGAUACCAAAUACAAAAUUUACAUGCUAAUAAGAAGGUAGUGAUCAAGAUCCAAACCGUGCUGGCGAUCUACCGCUCCUUAACCGAGAUCCUACAAAGCCAAAUGAACCAUACUGGACUCACGUAGACGAAGUGGUGCAGAUGGCUUGGGAAAGAGGGAUUCGGAUUGCGAUGUUUCCGUCUUGGGGCAACUACAUACACGAUAAUGUCGAUAAUCCCAAAAGCAUCAAUGCCUCCAAUGCCAGGGCGUUCGGUACAUGGAUUGGAAAACGAUAUCCCGGCCUUCCCAAAAUGCUAGUCGCAGACACAAAUCCAUACUGGACCAACAAGUCCGCAGUCAGCAACAACUACAAACUUGGCGGGAGACACGAAACGCUCAGAUAUACCGAUUACAGCGCCGUCUACGACGAGCUGGCUGCUGGACUCAUCGAAGGAGAAGAAUCCAAGGCAAUGAUCACCAUUCAUUGUACGAAUCAAUGGUUUGAAGGUGGAACAAUUGCUCUGGCAUCUGCUUUCUUCGGCGAUAGGAAAUGGCUCACCUUCGAUACCUCGCAAUCUGGUCAUGCUAGUUACCCACCGAACCCGCCGAUUCCAUGGUGGAACGCGGCGAGGGGCUAUGAACCCGUGGAAUUGAUGUAUGCAUCGACGAACCCGCGACCGGUCUUGGAUAACGGGGCGAAAUAUGAGAAUCGGUAUGAUAAUAGUAAACCGGUCAAUCCGUAUGGGAAUGCUUCGGAUGUACGUAUUGGUACUUAUCAAUCGGUGAGUCUUUACACUGGUGACUGUUGAGAUUUUGGUAGGUGGUACUGAUGUUAAGUGAGGUCUUUUCUGGUGCUGCGGGAUUGACAUAUGGCGCUGACAACGUCAUGCAAUUCUAUAUCCCCGAUCUUUUUGAGCCGGCGAAUAGCGGGCCUGCCAGAUCGUGGGCGGAAGACAUACAUCUUCCUGGUAGCUCGCAAAUGCAAUAUAUCAAGAAAGUGAUUCUGAACCGACCGUCACCUCUUGAUCGUGUCCCUGACCAGAGUAUCAUCGUUGGUGAUUCGGGUACGGAUGCGAAACAUGUUACUGCUAUCAGAGAUGGGAAUGGUCGGUGGCUGAUGGUUUAUACGCCUACUAGGAAAGCAUUUACCAUUGAUACGAGUUCUUUGGGAGAAGGGAGUGUUGAGUCUAGUUGGUAUGAUCCUCUUACGGGAAUUUGUCAGGUGUUUGAAUGGCAGCGGCGGUUGGGGAAUGUCACUUUUACUCCGCCUUUGAAUGGAAUGCAUUCGGAUUGGGUAUUAGUAUUAGAAACGAAGAAUAACGCUUAG